GUGAUCUUGUUUGAUUUGUCUUAACAUAUAGAUUAUUAAUAUAUAAUUUCUAUAAUUUUUUUAUAUACAAAUUACAAGAUAAAAUGGAUUAAAAAAGUGUAUUGGAUGAUGGAUGUUGCUUGGAUGAUCCCGCAUGGAAACCGCCGCACAUUACAGAACCUGGAAGAGCUCCCCUUGCACUCAGAGGAAGCAAAGAAGAAGUUUCUCACUUGGGGAAACACGAAGAUGCUCCAGCCUCCCAUGGUGCUAGACCCUGCCUAUCUGGAUGAACUAGGGCACUGGCAGGACAUUGAUGAGUUGUUGUACGACCCAAAAUGGAGGAUCCUGUUGUUCUUGCAUGCACCAGCUAGCCUGGAAGUCACCAUCGAGUUUCUUUGCUCUCUCCGCUUCCUCAAUGACGGAGAGGAGGUUAAGUCAGCAGCUGAAGUCACCUCCAUCACAAAGGUCACGUUCACUUUGAUGGGACCACUGCUGAACCUUACCGUGGCAGACUUAGGGUGGCUGAUUGGUCUUUACACGCUUGAUGAAACGCGGAGCCUUGCCUUUGCUAAUCUGCCCGACCAGGUGGAUCCAAACCGUUCUCACGGCCCUGACGUGGUGUUUGAUUCCGAUAUGCUAUUUUUCUGGAGUCUGGAAGCACGGGUACCAGUCAAUCUAGCAACUUUUGUGUCUCGAUUCCUAUUUGCUCAGUCAACUUGCAACCACCAGUUUGUCUUGUGUGGGCCAAUGGUUACGCUUCUGGCCCGAGGAUUAUGUAUGUCAGUUCCCGAUGUUCUCCCAGAAGCUGCAAGCAUGUUCCGUCCGCCAACAGGGUAUUUGGCCCAGAUUGCUUACAAUAAGGAAGAUAAGGAGGCACGUCCCAGACGGCAGCGUACUAUGCCUAUGACCCUUCGCGAGCUUUCGCAAGCUAUGUUUGCAUUUCAGGAUUCUGUAGACUCUCGCUUGAGGAGCAUGGAGACGGUCCUUCUCACGCAACAAUGGCAGGUGGAGGAAAUACUUGAAUACACUUGGGAACAAGGAACAAAGAAGGCCGAGCAUGGGGUAGGUCCUAAACAAGGCAAACGUCAGGGAUAGUGAGAUCCCUAAUUUCUUAUUACUGCAUUCAGAACAUCAUUUUUGGAUAUUUAUAUGAUCUUAUUUUGGAAUUCUAUUCUUUUUAUAACUCUUAAAACCCCUUUGAGAUUAUUUUAUGAAUUAUUCAUAUUUACAUGUUAUGGUCAUCUAUUAUUUCAAUCUUCAUUGUUGAAUCUUAUAAGUAUUACGAUAAUUUAGCAAUUGCAUGUGAGCAUUUCAACAAUUAACUCCAAUACCAAUAACACUCUUAAACCACG